AUGAUCGAGGAGCACACUGCUUCUCUUCUUAUAGGAACUUCUGGCCUUAUUGUCGUUGCUCUCUGUACAAUUUCUGGCCUGUUGGCAAUAUUAUCCCGGUUAUCUCUUCGAAGUCGAGUCGGAUAUAUCGCUCUCCAGGAAAUAUAUCAGGAUCGAGAUGGAGCUGCUACGGAAGAGUCCAUCCAAAGAUUUUCACAGAAAGCGUACUAUGUGUCGAUCAUAUGUUUUUCGAUUAUUGGCCUCCUAGUAUCUUUGGCACAGGCUGUCUUGUCAACUAUUUCGGAGGACCGUUUACGCACGAUUGAGCCAUGGCUUCAGCUUUCUAUAUGGGUUUUGGUCGUACUGAAUUCCAUUGCACUUCUUGUUGAGCCAUCUCCAACCAAAAAGUUUACUAUCGGGCUCUAUAUAUCGACGUCAACCCUCCUCUAUAUAGUACUUAUCACUAUACAGACCUUUUUUAUUUAUCCCAACUCCAAUUCUCUCGAUCUGAGCGACGCCCGCGGCGCUCUGGUAUUGGUGCAGCUUGUGAUUGCCUUCAUCUGUGCUUGCGUCUCCGUCCUUCUCCCCCGUCGGCCAGAUGUUUUCAGAAAUGGAAAAGUUGUGGAUGCCCAGUAUACAACAUCUUGGAUUGGCCGUUUAACUUUUAGCUGGCCAAGUGGAUUGCUCAAAGAGAUACGGCGAACUAAAACACUAGAUGUUGAAUAUCUUCCUCAGCUAGAUUAUCCAACUCGCGCCAAAUCUCUUCUCGAAGCGUUUGAUAAGACAAAGAACAAGUCCCCCCGUCUCUGGAAGGUGUUGAUACGCGUUUAUCUUUCACCUCUGCUUGUACAAUUUGUGUUGGUCGUUAUAUCCGCUCUCCUGAGCUUUGCCCCCCAGAUUUGCCUACUUCAAAUUCUUCGUGCGCUAGAGGCACGUAGUCGUGGCGAGUGGAAUUCGUCCGAAGCUUGGUGGUUGGUUUUUGCGCUAGGGAUGUCGACAUUGGUUUUUUCCACAAUUGAGUCCUGGCUUUAUUGGGUCUCGUUCGCGAAGCUGUGCAUCCCUGUCUAUGAACAAGUAGCCGCUGUAGUAUUUACGAAAUCUAUGCGUCGGAAGAACGUGAAAGGCUCACAAGCCUCGAGCAGCCCGGACGAUCAGGGCUCAAACCAAAACGGCAAUCAGACAUUGAAAGAUGACGCUGAUGCUGAAGAUGAUAACCAGAAGACUAACCAAGGCACUAUCAACCUUGUUGCUGUUGACGCAAAACGAAUUUCCGAUUUUGCCGCUUACAAUUAUUUCAUUCCCUCGACCACUAUUAAACUUACCGUCGCCUUUACAAUUUUGGGGCUGCUGAUAGGUUGGAAAAGUCUUUGCUCAGGGCUUCUGGUCUCUGUUGUGGUGACUCCAGUCAACAUUUUCGUCGCAAGCAAAUAUUCAGGUAGCCAAAUUUCUUUGAUGAAAUUCCGUGACCAAAAAAUGGUCGUCAUAACCGAAGUUCUCCAGGGAAUCCGUCAAAUUAAGUUCUCGGCACUUGAGAACCAAUGGCAACGUAAAAUUGGAGAUAUACGGAAGGCAGAACUAAAUGCACAGUGGGCGGUGUUUCGCUAUGACAUCGUCCUCAUCGGUAUUUGGAUCAUGGGUCCAGUGAUGCUUUCCGCCGUUUCCCUAGGAGUUUAUUAUAAGUUAAAUGGCGAAUUAGCCGCAUCGGUUGCCUUCACCACCGUGUCCAUCUUCUCGUCCCUGGAGCUGACGCUUGCCAUACUCCCUGAGCUAAUAACGGAUUUCAUCGAGGCUUGGGUGAGCGCUGGAAGAAUUGAAAAAUUCUUGACCUCUGCUGAGAAAGGCCACAAUACACUUCCCUCCGAUCAUAUUUGCUUUGAGAAGGCCACCAUUGCUUGGCCGGUAGAAGAUGCCGACGAAACCGAUGGCAGAUUCAGCCUCCAAGAUAUCAGCUUAAGCUUCCCACCCAAAGGCCUCAGUGUUAUUUCUGGUAAAACGGGCUCUGGUAAAAGCUUGCUCAUCGCGUCUAUCCUGGGCGAAUCUGACAUACUGAGUGGCGCCGUUCGCGUCCCAGAAGCUCCGCCCCUUGAAGAUAGAUUUAACGACAACGCGAACAAAGAGAACUGGAUUAUCGACUCAGCAAUUGCCUACGUGGCUCAAAUACCGUGGAUCGAAAAUGCGACAAUUAAGGAUAAUAUUCUUUUUGGACUUCCGCUUGACUCAGAGCGAUAUCAUAAAGUUUUAUUCGCGUGCGCUUUGGAGAAAGAUCUUGAUAUGUUACCUGAUGGGGAACUCACUGACAUUGGCGCCAAUGGGAUAAAUCUCAGUGGAGGCCAGAAAUGGCGGAUAUCAUUUGCACGCGCCCUUUAUUCUCGCGCCGGUAUUCUUAUCAUGGAUGACUUGUUUAGUGCGUUGGAUGCCCACACAGGCCGGCAUCUCCAUGUACAUGCCCUAACAGGAGAACUUGGCCGAGGAAGGACGCGUAUACUCGUUACCCAUCAUGUGGCACUGUGCCUUGGCGAAACGGAUUACUCUGUAUAUCUUCAAAAUGACACCGUUGGACACGCGGGUACUGUGGACGAGCUGAGGAGAACUGGAGAGCUAACAGAAAUUCUAGCUGACAAGGCUAAUGAGGCAGCAAGACAAAGUGAUGAAGUUGAGGAAAAUAUAGACGGACUUGGUGAAGGGGAAGAUGGCCUACACAAAGUUUUAUCCCGUGGAUCGGAGGCACACACCAACGCAGUGACAAGUGACGCUGCUGUUAAAAGCAAUAAGGUCCCGGCUAAGUUCCAGCAAGACGAAUGGCGUGAAACCGGCUCCGUUAAAAUGGCUCAUUAUAAAACCUACUUUCAGAGUGGAGGGAACAUAUGGUAUUGGCUUUUCGUUGCAUUCGCAUUUUUGGCUUACAUUAUAAUGACAGUUGGACGUUCAUGGUGGAUAAGCAUUUGGACUCGAUCGUCAAGCGCUUCCACAACGGAAGGAAACCUCUCUGUAAUGACGCAUAUCGUGAAGAGGAGCGAACCGGCAUCGCCAAAUGCUUCCCUUUUGUAUUAUUUGGGGAUAUAUGUUGGGCUAUCCCUUGUAACAUGUGUUCUAGGCCCGUUGAGAUACGGCCUUUUCUUCAAUGCCUCUAUUAACGCCUCUCGUAACCUAUUUGAUCGGCUUACCUAUGCCGUGUUGAGAGCACCACUUCGUUGGCUUGACACGAUACCUGUUGGACGGAUCCUAAAUCGUUUCACAGCGGAUUUCAACAUGAUCGAUUCUCGGCUAGGUAGUGAUUUUGGUUCAAUGCUUUACCACGUCCUUCAAGUACUUGGAAUUAUGGCAGCCGGAUUACUCGUCUCGCCUAUUCUUAUAUUGUUCGCCAUGGUUCUUCUUGCGAUCAGUUUGUAUUAUUCACUCUACUACCUCGAUGGCGCUCGGGAGAUCAAACGCUUGGAGAGCACAGUAAAGAGCCCAGUAUACGAACAAUUCGGAACUGCCCUGACCGGAUUGACAACUAUCCGUGCCUUUGGAAAAGUUCCAACGUACAUUAAUCGAAUGUUCACGAAGAUUGAUCGUCACGCUCAAGCCUACUGGCACUUAUGGCUCUUCAACAGAUGGCUUGGUUUCCGCAUGAGUACUAUUGGGUCCAUUUUUGCUGUUAUUACUGCAGCGCUGGUGGUAUCCAUGAAAGGCAUCGAUGCCUCUCUGGCUGGCUUUGCCCUCAGUUUUGCCAUGCAAUAUACUAAUGCGAUCGCAUAUGCGUUGCGUGAAUAUACGAACAUAGAACUGAACAUGAACGCUACGGAAAGGGUGAUUGAAUAUUCCGAGAUCGAUAUCGAACCUCAAGACGGGUUUAGUGCACCUGCUGGCUGGCCUACCGCUGGUCGACUUGAAGUGUCAGAUCUCGUGGUUGCCUAUGCCCCCGACUUGCCUCCAGUCCUCAAGGGUUUGUCAUUCAAGGUAGAAAAAAACCAGCGCGUUGGUGUUGUUGGCCGUACCGGGGCAGGGAAGUCAUCAUUAACUCUAGCACUUUUCCGUUUCCUGGAAGCUCGCGGGGGGACUAUUCACGUUGAUGGUAUUGAUGUAUCCAAGAUCAAGCUCCAUGAUCUCAGAAGCCGCCUUGCCAUCAUACCUCAGGACCCUGUUCUGUUUUCCGGAACCAUAAGGUCAAACCUAGAUCCGUUUGAAGAAUUCAGCGACACGCAGUUACGCGACGCUUUAGAACGUGUGCACCUUGUUCCCAGCUCGCUCGUCGAAAGCGCCACGUCUACCCAGCCCUGCUCAUCCUCCUCACCUCCCCAAACAAGCACAGGGUCGACUACUCCAACACUGAUCAGUGGAGAAUCCUGCUCUACUGCUGCGGCCAACGCUAACGCGAACAUUUUCAGAAAUUUAGACUCCACCAUUUCCGAAGGUGGGCUAAAUCUUUCUCAAGGCCAGAGACAACUGCUCUGCCUAGCCCGUGCCAUUGUUUCGCAACCGAAAAUCAUGGUCCUCGACGAAGCAACAUCGGCUGUUGAUAUGGCCACUGACACAUUAAUCCAGCGUUCCAUCCGUUCUGAGUUUGGACGCAACUCAACAACAUUGCUUGUCAUCGCACAUCGACUGAGUACUAUUGCCGAUUUUGACCGCAUCUUGGUCAUGGAUGCCGGCAAGGCGGUGGAAUUUGGGGCGCCCAAAGAUUUGAUGCAGAUUGAUAAUGGAGUGUUUAGGGGAUUGGUGGAGGAAAGUGGAGAACGGGAGGUUCUGAAGCAGAUUAUUUUGGGGGAAUAA